AUGUCGCAAGACUCUAGCGUUCUGAACCUUCGCUUCGGCACUGAAGUGGAGCUUCUUGUCAAAAGCAAAAUCAAUGACCACGGAUCCUUUGAGUCAUUGGCCAGCGAUAUCAGCAAGGAGCUUACCGCUGCCAAGAUUCCCAACCAUGUCGCGGACAUUUUUGCAAAGGGGGACGAGAAGUACCAAGAUUGGUCCAUCGUCGAUGAACUAUCCAUCACCAGUAAGCGUAAGGAGUUUCGCUUCGGAGUAGAGCUCGUUUCUCCAAUCAUGGAGUUUUCUGAUCAAAAGUUUUGGGUUGGUCAAGUCGAUGCAGCAUGGAAAGCACUUGAAGGGGGGGAAGUUGGACCCUAG